GAAUGGGUUGUAAAUAUAUGUAGUAGAGAAAGUUGUGAAAGAAGAACUAACAUAAAAAUCCUCGACUAUUCGGUUCGAUUCCGUUGGACCCCGAUCUCGUUUAACCCCGACCUUCUUAGCUAAAUCUCGAUCCCAAAAGUUUUAACCUGACAAACGACCCCAAACUUUCCUACCUGGAAUAGGAAAGUUUGUGGACAAUCUACAUAAGAUUGUAGAUUGUAAAAAGCCGGUGGACAAUCUACACAAAAACAACAACAAAUGAUUAGAGAUUUUGAUACUGGAAAAAAUGUUGGUUAUAUGGUCAGUUCUAAUCAAACUUUAACUGCCGGUGGACAAUCUACACAAGAACAACAACAAAUGAUUAGAGAUUUUGAUACUGGAAAAGUAAAAGUUUUGGUAGUAACAUCAGUUGCUGAAGAAGGUGUAAAUAUUACUGCUUGUAAUUUAAUUGUAAAAUAUAAUAAUGUUGGUUCUGAACGUUCAAUGAUUCAAAGAAGAGGACGUGCUAGACAGAAAAAUAGUGUAUCUAUUUUGUUAGCUUUAGAUACGGGGGUUGAACAAGCUGAAUAUUUGAAUAUGCAAAAGGAGGCUAUGAUGAUGCAUUGUUUAAUGGAUUUACAAGAAACUAGUGAAACAAGUCUUAAAAUUCAAAUUAAUGCAAAACGGGAAGAGCGCCGAAAAAUCGAGGAAAGAAAACUUAAAGUUUCGGAAAUGAAACGUUUAAGACUUAAUGAUAGACGUUAUAAACUAAGCUGUCGAUCUUGUAAUAAUUUGAUUUGUAAGAGCACUCAUGUUCGUUCUAUUGCUUAUUCUACUUUUGUGGUUUGUGAUCCUACUGUUUGGAAACGUUCAAAAAUUGACAUUCGAGAAAAGCCGACGAAAGACCAUUUAUUCACAAAAUGUGCCAAAUGGUUAUGUGGCCAAUGUGGUAAUCAAGAAUGGGGAGUUAUUGUGAAAUAUUCAAAUUGUUAUUUACCUCAACUUGGAGCUUCUCUAUUUUCUAUGGAACGUGAAGAUCAAAUAGAUGAAUUAAAUGAAAUGCGUCCAGGAGGGGAUAGGGGAAGAACUUGGCAAAAUAUUCAAGACGAUUAUUUUAAUAUUGAACCGAUUAAUAUGAGAAAUAUUGUUGACAUGUACAGUGCCUUAACCAAUUCUUUUUCAACCUUAACUAAACAAAUGGAUCAACAAGAAUGUAUUGCCAAUAUUAAAUUUAUUGAGAAAAUGAGAGAAAAGAAGAUUGAUAAAAAGAAUAAAAUACAAAUAUUUUUGGAAGAAUAAAUGAAGGAAGGGAGAGAGAGGAGGAGGAUUUUAAAUAAAUUAUGGGUUUUAAAAAACAUCAAAAUUCGAGCUUUAAUUUUUUUGUUUUACAAAAAAGUAUAUUAUAAAUUUAAUUUAUUAAAAAAAUAUUUUUUCUUAAAUAAUUAGUAUUUAUUACUAAAAAAAUAUUUUUUUUCCAGAAUUUUUAAAAAUUAAUUCAAAAAAUUUUUUUGCGGACUGUCCGCAUUUUUAAUUGCGGAUUUUUUAAAUUAAUUGCGGAUUUCUUCUGCCCAAUUUUUUUGCUUGGGGUAAUUACGUCUUGAUUAAGAAUUAGGGUUGGGGGCUCGUUCCGGCCUGGUCUGAAAGAUGUGUCGGGCAUUGAAUUUUGGCCCAAAAAAUACUCGGCCUGGAAGGCUCGAUAAAAAUGACUCGAACAUCGGCCCGACUCGAAAACCACAACAACCCUACACUCCGUUCCAAAAGUAUAUAGCCACUCAAUUUUU